GAUCAGAUUCCAAGAGAUUCCAGCAAGAGAUUCGUAGUGAGCAACGCAAAGACUUUGUCUCCUUCUUCUCUAUGUCUCCUUAGUCUUUAUAAUUAACAGGACUCUUUACACUGACUGCUAAGACCAAAACCAACGACUUCUUUUUUUCUAGGAAAGAAAGAAAUGAAGAAGAAGUGCAAUUGAAGUGGAAAUUAAGAAGAUAUAUACAGACCUUAUUGGUUCAUCAAUGGCUUCUACGUGUCCGCCUUUUGGAUUCUCAGCGAAGUAUUAUAAAGUGUCUGAAGAUGGAGGAGAGUGCUUGAGGCAAUCCAGUUUCUUUCAGGGCAAGCCUGUCCUCAAUCAAGGCGUUGGCUACUCUGUUAUUCUUGGUUUUGGAGUCUUUUUUGCUGUCUUCACUUCUUUCUUGGUUUGGUUGGAGAAAAGAUAUGUUGGGUCUCGGCAUACCUCAGAAUGGUUCAACACAGCAGGCAGGAAUGUCAAAACUGGACUUAUUGCUAGUGCAAUUGUAUCCCAAUGGACAUGGGCUGCUACAAUUUUGCAAAGCUCCAAUGUUGCUUGGGAGUAUGGAAUUAGUGGACCUUUUUGGUAUGCUAGUGGGGCUACUAUCCAGGUGCUCUUGUUUGGUAUAAUGGCCAUAGAAAUCAAAAGAAAAGCUCCCCACGCUCAUACAAUCUGUGAAAUUGUUAAAGCUCGUUGGGGAACUGCUGCACAUGUUGUCUUCCUCAUUUUUUGCUUGCUCACAAACGUUAUUGUAACUGCUAUGCUGCUUCUUGGUGGUUCUGCUGUUGUAAAUGCACUCACUGGAGUGAACAUUUACUCUGCUAGCUUUCUAAUUCCACUUGGAGUAAUUGUUUAUACUCUUGCUGGUGGGCUAAAAGCAACUUUCUUGGCAAGCUAUAUACAUUCUGUUAUAGUGCAUGUUGUUCUGGUCAUUUUUGUGUACUUAGUUUACACGGCAAGUAGUGAGCUGGGAAGUCCCAAAGUCAUUUAUGCCCGUUUGGUGGAAGUGGCUAGUAAGUCUAGAGUAUGUCAAGAGCCAAUUUCACAUGAAGGGCAAUCCUGUGGUCCUGUCAAUGGAAACUACAAAGGAUCUUAUCUAACAUUGUUGAGCUCAGGUGGUCUGGUUUUUGGGAUUAUAAAUAUUGUUGGCAACUUUGGUACAGUUUUUGUUGACAAUGGGUACUGGGUGAGCGCCAUAGCUGCGAGGCCUUCAUCAACUCAUAAAGGGUACUUACUGGGUGGACUGGUGUGGUUUGCCGUACCGUUCUCUUUGGCAACAUCUCUAGGUCUAGGAGCACUUGCCCUUGACCUACCUAUAACGGAGAGUGAGGCAAGCCAUGGACUUGUUCCUCCUGCUACUGCUAUAGCUUUGAUGGGGAAAGGAGGAUCUAUACUUCUUCUUACGAUGCUCUUCAUGGCUGUGACAUCUGCUGGAUCCUCUGAGCUAAUUGCUGUUUCAUCAUUAUGCACAUAUGAUAUCUACCGUACUUACAUAAAUCAAAACGCGAGUGGGAAUAAAAUCCUCAAAGUUUCAAGAAUUUUUGUUCUAGGAUUUGGAUGUUUUAUGGGAAUAUUAGCAGUAAUAUUAAAUAAAGCUGGAGUUUCAUUAGGUUGGAUGUAUCUUGCAAUGGGAGUGCUUGUUGGUUCUGCUGUUCUUCCUAUAGCUUUUAUGCUUCUUUGGAGCAAAGCAAACGCAAUAGGUGCAAUUCUUGGAACAAUCAUUGGCUGUGUUCUGGGGAUUAUAACUUGGUUAUCAGUUACAGCUAUUGAAUAUAAAAAUGUAAAUCUUGACACUACUGGCCGGAAUGCACCAAUGCUCGCCGGAAACCUUGUCUCUAUACUUACAGGUGGAGCUAUUCAUGCUGUCUGUAGUCUUUUGUCGCCCCAAAAUUAUGACUGGGAGACCACGAAGCGGAUUACAGUUGUCGAAAAGGAAAAGGAUGAGUUACCAAUAGAAGAGUUCAAGGAGGAGAAACUUACCAAAGCUAAAGCUUGGAUAAUCAAAUGGGGUGUUGGUUUCACUGUUGUGAUUGUCAUAUUAUGGCCACUUCUGACUCUUCCAGCAGGUAAAUUCAAUCUCUUACGAGCAAUGUUUCACCGUUUCAAAUGUUCUUCACUUGCAAUGGCGAAAACAGACCGUAAUACAAGCAUGGGCUUUAUAUGGGAAUUCGGCUUGGGAUAUUUUACAUUCUGGGCAGUGAUAGCUAUAGCAUGGGGCACCAUCGGAUCGGCAGUAAUAAUUGCUCUGCCGCUGCUUGAAAGCUGGGAAAUCAUCCAGAGUGUAUUUCUGGGAAUGUUUACAAAUGACAGACUCAUGGAAAAGGUUGAGGAGAUUAAUAGAAAGCUAAAUACCAUCAUUAUGGCUAUGCCUGAUGCUCAAAAACUGCACUUGCUCGACAAAGAGAAAGCAAAGAAAGAUGAAGCAUCAGAGCACCUAGCAUAAAUAUGAUUUGUGCAUAAUAAUAGCUUUAACAAAUUUUAGUAAUGUUCUAUUGCGUCUUCAAAAAGUGUAUAUCCAAUAUAUUUGUAAUUCAAUGUGGAAGAAUAUUAUUGUGUAUAUUUUCAUCAAUAGGGUCACAUAUAUAUACAUAUAGAAGAUACUACAAAUCUAUUAGGAAUCUAACUCUUAA